CACACCAAACCCGGGUGAAGAAACACCAAAUUCUAACUCGCGAAGGAAUCUACGAAUAAAGCUAGCAGCGGCUGGGCGGCACCAACAAGGAACUACAACCACAACCACGAUCCAAUCAUGAGCGAAGAUCCUCAGAAGUUGAAGAAGAUUGCAGCUUCCGCCUAUGACUACGAUAACGAUCCCAGAUGGGCUGAUUACUGGUCCAAUGUCCUCAUCCCCCCUCACUUGGCUUCUCGCUCCGAUGUUAUUACUCACUUCAAGCAUAAAUUCUACCAGCGUUUCAUCGAUCCUGAUCUUGUUGUGGAAUCAAUGACUACGAAUAGUACCUCAUCGCCUGCUGCGAGGUCGUCGGCAUCAUCAUCUGCAACCGAACGCAGGCCGCCUGCCAGUUCAGGGUCCACUACGAGAGCUGCAGGGGCAUCGACUCCAAGUUCAACGCCUUUGCGCUGGGAUCGACAAACAAUUCAGUUUUCUGUCAAUGCUUGGGUUCUUGUUGUGGCUGUGCUUGCUAUGUUCCCACUCAUACCUAAAAGCCUUUCUAAUAGGGCGUACCGACUCUCAUUUAUGGGGACCGCAUGCUCGUCAUUAUAUUCACUCUACUCUCUUUAUGGGAAACCAAGGGCAUGGAAUUUGCAGGAGGUGCAAAUUUGGCUUCAAUCAGUAAUCGCAACAAAAGAUUUCAUCUAUUUCAUUUACUGCCUCACUUUUGUCACCUCAAAUCUUCGCCUUACAUUUGCUUUACUGCCCAUCGUAUGCAGAAGCUUAGAACACACUGCAAAAUUCACUAGGCGUAAUUUUGGUCGUUCCGCUUUAUACAGGAAAUACUUGGAAGAGCUUUGUGUGUGGGUAGAAUCAAACACGACGACACUCAGCAUACUGUCUUCUCAAUCUGAGAUUGGAGUUGGCUUCCUUUUGAUCAUCUCUCUUUUAUCGUGGCAGCGUAACAUAAUACAAACUUUCAUGUAUUGGCAGCUAUUGAAGCUCAUGUAUCAUGCCCCUGUUACGGCUGGUUACCAUCAAAGUGUGUGGUCUAAAAUCGGGAGGGUGGCCAAUCCGGUUAUCAACCAAUAUGCUCCGUUUCUUAACUCUCCAAUCUCCGCGAUACAACGAUGGUGGUUCAGGUAGUGAUGUCUUCUUCAUGGAGAAUAAGCUAUGAGAAUAAGGAUAAAGGAUCUAUAUAGAACUUAACAUGAUGUACUGUAUAAGUUAUAUCUUAACUUGAUUGUGUUCAAUGGUGGGGAUGGUCUCUUUGAUAAUUUCACACAAUUUUAAGUUCAUAAGUUGGAGAUUUUAUGUGAUGUUUUGUCGUUGAAAGACAUUUGAGUUUUCAAGAUUAUGAAGAUCACAGUUCCAAAAAA